AUGUGCGGAAUUACAGCCAGCAUCGCGCUCCAGCGGAGUGGUUCCACUAACGGAACGAACGGAAUCCAACGAACUAAUCGAUUAAACGGACAUGAUAGGAACGGGCUGCGGAAGCAUGAAGCUCUUCAUCAGCAGCUACAGGAAAGUCUUGGUGCUAUCGCUCACCGAGGCCCAGAUGCCACUGGUGUCUGGAUCAGUGACGAAGGCUCCAUCGGUCUGGGUCACUGCCGCUUGGCUAUUAAUGAUCUUUCUCCCGACGGCAUUCAGCCACUACACAGCGACGAUGACAAAAUCCAUGCCGUUGUGAACGGAGAGAUUUACGACCACGACGCGAUUAGAGAGCGAUGCAUUCGAGAGCAUGGCUACAAGUUCAAGGGUCACUCUGACAGUGAGGUCUUGGUUGCUUUGUACAAGAUCCAUGGCGCCCCUGGUUUCUUCGAACAUCUCCGUGGAGAGUUUGCAUUCAUUAUAUACGAUGAGAACGACGGCCGAGUCAUCGUAGCGAGAGACCGCUUUGGCAUUAAACCCAUGUUUUGGACUCUUCUGGGUGAGGGUGCCAGCAAGCGGAUGCUCCUGACUUCAGAAAUGAAGGCAUUCCGAGCUUUGGGCUGGGAGCCCGAAUGGAAUGUCUACGGCUUAAUCAGCGGCACUUCGAUGCAAGCUGACAACACCGUAUUCAAAGACGUUUGGAAGCUAGUCCCUGGAACUUGGAUGGAGAUUUCUCGAGACGGUCAAAUCAACCAUCAUCAGUACUGGGAUCCAGAGUACAGAGACAAGAAACAAGUCGAAACGCGAAGCGUUGAUGAAAUGAUUUUGGAAGUGAGGAGACGUUUGAUAGAAGCAGUGAAGCUCCGGCUUCGCGCUGAUGUUCCUGUCGGAAUCUAUCUAUCUGGCGGCAUCGACUCGUCCGUUGUUGCAGGCAUUGCAGCCUCAUUGGCCCGUGAAGAAGGUGUCAAGUUGGGCAACCAAGAUGCGACCAAGCGCAUCACAUGUUUCACAAUUCAAUUCCCAGAAAGCUCAGGCUUUAAUGAAGCUGACAUUGCUGAACGGUCAGCUGAGUGGCUUGGUGUAGAGGUCUUGAAGAAAGACAUGAACGAGGUCGAGCUAGCCAACAAUUUCGAAGAGGCAGUCUACCACACAGAACACCAGACUUUUGAUCUGAAUAGUGUGGGCAAGUUCUGUCUGUCCACACUGCCUAGAAAGCAUGGCGUGCCUGUAGUCCUUACAGGCGAAGGUGCGGAUGAGCAUUUUGCCGGAUAUCCAUUCGUUCUACCAGCUUUGCUCAUGGAACCGGACUUCGCAUGGCCGCAGUCUGGCCUCACGCACGACACUGACACCCGUGUGGCCAUGUACAAGGAGAUGAAUGAUGAUAUCAACGAUAUGUUCCAGAGAAUAGGCAUGUUCGAAGACGAGUCUGCCACUGGUGCCCCCAAUUCGAUGCGCUUGGAGCCUGAGUGGGAUGCUUUCGCGCCAUGGAUUCGGGACACUUACAAAGCGCCUGAGGCGGGCGCUUCGACUAUUACACCCGAGGUCUUUCAGAAGAUGAUGACAAAGUGGCAUGCCUUGCAUUCUGGUCUCUACAUCUAUACCAAGGGGCCGCUUGCCAACAUGAUCCUCACUUGUUUGGGAGACCGCACGGAGAUGGCACACAGCAUCGAAGCACGACCGCCUUUCCUGGAUCACCACCUGGUCGAGUAUGUGAACGGACUGCCUCCGAGUCUCAAGGUAGCAUACAUUGAAUCUGCCGCGCAGGCCGCCAACACUGGAGCUGGUGCCAGCCUGUGGUGGAAGGACCUGAGCCCAACACGCCAGAAACUGAGCGAGAAGUGGAUUCUCAAGGAAGCCGGCAAGCCCUUCAUCACACAGGAACUCUACGAGCGCAGGAAGCAUCCCUAUUCUGCGCCUGUCAAGUGGCCGUGUGGCGGUCCCAUUCAUAAGAUGAUGAAGAGGAUAAUCUGCAAGGAGAACAUCGAGCAGUUGGGAUUUGUGGAGUGGAACAGCGCACAGAAGUGGCUCGAAGAAGGUUUCGGCGACGAUGCGAACCCUAGAGCAUUCAGGAAACUGAUCUGUACCGCGUCGUGGGUGGUUAUCAGCCAACGGUUUGGCGUGAAGAAGGCUGCUCAAGAGCAAUGGCCAAACGGCAUGUAG